UUAAUUUGUAGAAGCAUUUAUUUUUAAUGUUGGGAAUCCCCGAAUUAAUAAAUACCAUAGUAUGCCAUUAUUUUAAAGGUAUUUAAUGCUAGUAGCUUUAUGUAACUUGCUGCGGUAGGUUCGUGAAUUUAUUUUUAAAAUUAGUGAUGUCUAAAAACAGUCGAAAGUUUUUAUCCUUAUAUGAAAAAUGCGAAAUUUUGGAAUAUUUAAAAAAAAGGAUCGAGUGUUACAGUGUUAAGUAAAAAGUGUAAAGUUGCAAAAUCAACGAUAUGUUCAAUAAAAAAAUAAAAAAGACAAUAUUUUAAAAUGUGUGAACAAUACGUAUGGACCCGGAAAACGCAAAACAUUACGAUCUUCAGAGCUUCCAAAAAUGGAAAAAUCGCUCUAUAAGUGGUUUAUUUGUAUGCGGAAUAAAAACCUCCCUGUAAGUCGGUUGAUGUUGAAAGAGAAAGCCAAACAAAUUCACAAAAACAUAAGUGAAUACGGAAAUGACUUCAAUGCUAGCGAUGGGUGGCUACAAAAAUUUAAAAAGAGAUACGAAAUUCGGCUCCUUCAGAUAAUCGAUGAAAAACUUUCUGCGCAAUCUCAGUUCGUAAACCUAAGAAUGGUUUCACAACUGUUUUGUGCCAGAGGUAAGUAAACAUGUAAAAAUAGUUCAAUUGGGAUUAUUUUUCAUUAAGGUGACAAAUUUUUUAAAGAAGAAACGAUUACUAGUAAAAGCUUUACUCUUAAUAGAUAAUGCCCCAUCCACCAGAAUCCGACGUUAAAUCCGAGGAUGGUUCCAUAGAAGCUAUGUUCAUGCCUCCAAAUGUAACGGCUCUGAUCCAGCCAAUGGAUCAAAAUGCAAUUAGAAUCACCAAACUUCAUUAUAGGAACAGUUUUCUGGCAACAAUUAUUGCAAAAGAGGUGGAUUUGCUUGAAUCGAUGAAAAAAAUCACACUUAAAGAAGGAGUUUCUAUUCUAGAGGCAUCCUGGAACCGAGUUGGUAAAGAAACUUUAUCUAACUGUUGGAAAAAUAUUUUGAAUAUGGUAAAUGAUGAAGAUGAUCCUGAAUUUAAUGUUCCUUUGAGUGUUUUAAAAGAAAAGUUGCAAUCAGAGUUUUGAUCUUUAGAAAAUACUGCUGCAGAUCUUCUACAGACAUUCUGCCCUCAGGAAGUAUUUACUGCUGUAAACAUUAGAGAUUGAAUCAAUAAUCCUUGUGAGGACGUCACGCCAUUUGAGGAAAAUGAUUUAAUUGAAGAGUCCGACGAUGAUGACGACUUUUUUAUUGAAGCGCCUGAAAACAACAUUAAAGCCAAAGAAGCUGUCGAAUUUUUUAACAAAGCUGUCCAAUGGGCUGAAUUUCAAACGGUCGAUCACUCUGACAUUAAAGUAUUGAAAAAAAUCAGGGUGUUGGCGGUAAAUAAGCUCGUCGAACAAAAGAAAAAACAGAAAAUAAUAACCGAUUAUUUCCAUAUUUAAUUAUAUAUGUAUGUACUUAUCUUUUUUCAUUGUAAAUUUUAUUUAUUUUUUGUCGUAAUAUUUUGUUUAUUUUUUAUGUACAUACUACUUAUGUACUCUUUAUAAAAUGGAUUUUUAAAAACUUUUUAUGUUCCAAAUAAAUUACAAAAAUUUUUUUAGUAAUCUUUGCAUUUUCAUUCCUUGCAGAAAUGAUUUUUAGAAAGAAUAACUUAGUAAUAUAUAUAAAAAAAUCACAAUCGAAAAUGUGAACAAAUUCGAAAAUAUGAACUACAUUAAUUAGUUCACAUUAUCGAGAGUUCACUGUAUUUCAUGAUCAAAUAAAGAUAUUUUGAUAAUAAUAUGAUAUAUAAAGUCCACUGAUAUAUAAAGUCCACUUCCGAAAAUGACUUAAAAUUCGACAUAAUUUUUUUUUUUUCAUAUAAAUCAUUAUAUGAUAUUCAUUAUCGGUCCGUAAUUGGUCACAAACAUAGACAAUCAAAGUUAUCGGGAUAAAAUUCUACAUAAAUGUGUAUUUUGUGUAUAUAAAUCAUUCUACGGAAUAUUUUUCCGGAUCGGACAAUAAGUUGUCUUAGCCCCUAUAUAAGGUUUACUCUGCAAAUCACUUAUUACCACGUAAUUCCUUAUUAAAUGAUUAUAUCCGGAUAAAAUUCGACAUGAGUAUGUUCUUUGUAUAGAUAAAUCAUUCUAUUAAAAUGUUUUCGAACUGGCCUAUUAAUAUAAAUUUUUCUGUACCUAAUCAAAAUUAGUUCGACAUAUGCAUAAAUGUUGGUAGCUUGCUGGUGGAGGGUAUUUAAGAUUCGACAUAGCCGAAUAUAGCACGCUUACUUGUUAUUAUACAUAUAGAUCCAUAUAGGAGGUACCAAAACCCCCUUAUGAAAGUCCACCCAUUUUUCUCAUAAAUAUUCAUACUAAAGUUUCUCCGAAAAAAAAAUGAGGACUCUAGUUGUUAUAUUUUCUCAGAUAUACAAAUUUAAGAUUUUCUUUAUAUGGGAGGUACCACGCCCACUAUAGCUAGGCUGCCCAUAUAGGUUUUUCUAUCAUGUUUUUUCUUAAUGCCACGGAACUUAAUUUUUUACCCUACACCACUAUACUACGUUUGAGUUACUAAUCGGCUAAGAAUAAUUUUCUGAAUCGAUUAAGCCAUGUAAGUCUGACCGUCUGGUACAGGUUAAAAUGUUAAUAACAAUUUGAUGAUGUUUGGCACGUAUGCUUUUUUGGUCCAAUGACAAAACCUUUUAAAAAUAUUUAAAGUCUGUCUUUUCUUUUACCUAGCCCCCAUA